UCUAUUAUCCUCGUUCAGAAUACAUUGAAACUGAUACUGGUAACAAAGUGAGCCGUAAAUCUGUAAUUUGUGGGAGUCAAAACAUUAUACUCGGAGGGAAGACCAUUAUUCAAACUGAUUGUGUAAUCCGUGGCGAUUUGAGACGUACUGGUGGUGGUCAUGCGGUAGUCGUGGCCAUUGGAAGAUACUGUCUUUUAGCUAAAGGGAGCAUUAUUAGACCUCCUUAUAAGACAUACAAAGGUUAUUAUCCUAUGAAAAUCGGAGAUCAUGUCACUAUUGGUGAAGGAAGUAUUGUUGAAGCAGCAACUAUUGGUUCAUUUGUGCAUAUUGGAAAAAAUUGCGUUAUUGGAAGGUUUGCAAUAAUAAAAGAUUGUUGCAGAAUUGAGGAUAAUACUGUCAUACCACCAAACACUGUUGUACCUUCUUUUUCGAUUUAUGAGGGAUCUCCUGGUGUAUUCGUAGAUGAACUACCUGAAUGCGUACAGGAUCUUUAUGAAGCUAGGACAAAAGACUAUUAUGCUAAAUUCCAGUCUAAGGAUAGUUGA